ACUGUGACUGAAAGAACAACCGACCACAGCGGCGCGUGCUCCUUCUCUUCCCCCCCGAUGUGAAGCACCCGUCUGCGGGGAAGGACCUCUGGAGGGGCCGGUGGGUGCAGGUAGGUGACGCUCCACAGCCAGCAUGCUGCGCCAGUCCCUGAGCAUCCUGAAGCAAUUCGGCUCCGCCGCAAAGUCACACGAUGCCACUGAGCUGCUCCACGAGGACCUGGUUGUGGUGGAGCAGCGGGUGGAGCCGGCCAAGAAGGCGGCGCAGGUCCUGCACAAGAAGCUGCAGGGCUGCAUGCACAGCCAGGCGGGCCUGGAGGCCGAGAAGAGAAUGAAAAAGUUGCCUCUGAUGCUGCUGUCCGUCAGCAUGGCCGAGAGCCUCAAGGACUUUGAUGCCGAGUCCUCGAUCAGGAGGGUGCUGGAGAUGUGCUGCUUCAUGGAGAAGAUGCUGGCCAGCAUGCUGGCAAACUUUGAGAUGAAGGUGGAGAAGGAAGUUCUGGAGCCGCUCAACAAGCUCAGCGAGGACGAUUUACCGGAGAUCCUCAAGAACAAGAAGCAGUUUGCAAAGCUCACGACGGACUGGAACAACGCCAGAACUAGGAGCCAAGCCAGCACUGGUCCCCAGGCCAAGCAGGAUGGGCUCAGGGAGGAGGUGGAGGAAGCUUGGAGGAGGUUGGGGAGCAUCAAGGACGAGUACUCCGCAGAUCUGUAUCUCUUUGCGACGAAAGAAGACGACUACGCCAACUACUUCAUCCGCUUUCUCGAGCUGCAAGCUGAAUAUCACAAAUAUUCACACGAGUUCCUGAACAAGAACAUCAGCGAGCUCAAAGCGAGUCACAGUCGACAAGCGCCGCCGCCGCUCGGCCUCUCGGGUCAGAGGGUCUACGGGGAGCCGCUGCUUGCUCACCUGGCUCAGAGCAACAGAGACAUCGCCGCGCCCAUCCAGGAGUGUGUUCACAUGCUGCUGAGGACCGGCAUGACCGAGGAGGGUCUCUUCCGCCUGGCGGCUGCCGCCUCCGUGGUGAAGAGGCUGAAGACGUGUCUGGACCACGAGGUGGUCGACCACGGCGAGUUCAGCAUGGACCCUCACGCCGUGGCCGGAGCUUUGAAGGGUUACCUGAGAGAGCUUCCCGAACCGCUCAUGACCUUCGAGCUCUACAACGACUGGUUUAUAGCAGCGGGGGUAAAAGACCCGACGGAGAAGCUGGACAUGUACCGAGCGCUGCUGAGGAAACUGCCGCCGGACAACUACAACAACCUCCGGUACCUGGUCCAGUUCCUGUCUCUGCUGUCUGAGCAGCAGGCCGUCAACAAAAUGACACCCGGCAACAUCGCCAUCGUCCUGGGGCCCAACCUGCUGUGGCCCCGAGCCGAAGGGGAAGCCGCUCUGUUCGACAUGGCGGCGGCUUCUUCAGUCCAGGUGGUGACUGUCAUCGAGCCGCUCAUCCAGUUCAGCUGCAGCCUCUUCCCCGAAGCCGUUUCUUUUGAGAUCCCGGAGCUCCCCGAGGUCCUGAAGGUGUCCCCGCCGGCUGCCGCCUCCCCUCCUCCCAGCUCAGAGAAGGAGAACGUGAGGCGAACGGUCUCGUCCUCGUCCUCCACGGCCUCCUCCUCCUCCUCCUCCUCUCAUCACCUCCCUCUCUCCAAGACAAACAGCGCGGCGUCCCAGGACGGCGGCGGCGGCGGCUUCUUCCUGGUGAAAUCUGGCUCUGUGGGUCGCGGUGGUGGCACCUCCACGUGGUCCAGCCCGCCGGUUGCCGACGCCGUGGCGCCAACGUGUCAAAGCCCAACGCUGCUCCCUAAAGCGGCGGCGGCGAACCCGAGUCCCCCCGAGACGGCGUGCUCGGAUCCAGGCCAGCUGGAGUCCAUUCUGGAGGCUCCUCCGGACUCACCGAGAGCGUUCGUGACGAUCAGCUCGCCGUACAAACCGAAGAGAUCUUUCCACCUGACAAAAGCCACCAGAGCUCACCAGGCCAACGAGCAGGUGACGGUCCAGUACUGUUCGCCCAGACCCCCGGUGCCUCAGAAGCUGCAGGCCCCUCCGCCCAUGGCCCCUCCGCCCGCCCCGGCUCCGACGGACCCAGCACCCCGAGCUCAGUGGGCCGGCGUCAAAAGGCCGCCUCCCAAAAAGCCCGGACGCAAAGCCCCAAACUGCCCUCCACCACUUCCGCCGCCCUCACGGGGGAAAGUGGUUCCUUCUCUGACUCAGUGAGAGCGACGCAGCUUGUGGAUGUUCUUUCCCUUUAAAGAGGAACUUAUUAACACACCUGGACAUCUUGUCUUUGCUGACCUCCAGUGGCCCCGUAACAAAGUGCACCUAUCAGUCACGCUGGCUGCGGAUGGGGGUGGGGGGGGGGCUGGCUAACUGUCAACAAGAGGGCGGCAAAAAAAACUGCUUCUCAGCCUCGCUGUAAAGUUACUACUUCAACAUGUUAGGAUGUCCAUGUGUUGUUUAAUAUCUUUAAAUAGUGCUUACAGGUGCUUAAAUACGCGAUUGAGAGCAUUGCGAUUGCCUCUGGACGGCUCUCAACAUGGCCACAGCUGAGCCUGCGUCUCAUAGCUAACAGUGCUAACGGAGCUAACGUUAGCUAAUGGCGCUAACGGGGGCCGCCGCUUCAUGCUCUGCCCGGGUAGACGUGGCUCCACUGUAUCUUUACUUCGCAAAUAGUUAUUUUCUUCUAUAUUAAUGCUCUUGAAUCUCGUGUCUUGCACCUUUACUACACUUUUUAUUUGGACUUUAAAUGUUUCUGUAACUAGCUUCAUUCAUUUAUUCCUCAGGUACCGACGGCCUUUUAUUUCCCAAAGUAAAUUAUCUGGAAAGCGAGUCUUUCUAGUCAAAACAAUCGCUCCUAAAUAAAGUAAUCGACCCACCAGGAAACCGCCAAUAAGCCGUUUGAGGUGUUUUUAGGGUGUUUUCUAUCAUAGAUAUAUAAUAACAAUGUAAUUUAUGUGAGGUUUAAUGUAAACCACCUGUCAACCGACUUCAAACUUUAAACUAUGUACAUAAAUGCUUCUUCAACCUAAUUAUAAACAGCUUUAUUGUCAAUUUAUAGCAUCAUUAUAUAUAGUUGGCAUUGACUGCAGCAUAUGGAUGGAUGUGAAUUGCACUAUGUACAGCAGGGUGCUCAUACUGUAGGUACAUAUUUAUAUGAGGUCACUUAAUAUCUUCAUGUACAGAUGUAUAAAAGAACAUAUACAUGACAAUAAAAGAAGAAAAGAAGCUAGACAGGAGUCAAGGUCAAAGGUGCACAGGUCUCUCUAUAGAAGGUCUGCAGCAUUUUAAAAAAAGAAGCACGCUUUAGUUGCAACUAGCAAAUGCCAAUAGUACUUGUCAUAUCCCAGAAGUCCAUGUAGGUUAUUAACUGAGAUGUUUGGUUAAUCUAAUGAGGCCUGAGUUCCAGAACUUGUAUUUCCCUUCUUGUUUCCUGGUGGUGUAUUCCUGAGAGGAAGGAGCUGACAGGAGAUCCUAAGGAGACCUGAAGGUUGUGAUAAGAUGGAGUUGAUGCCACUGUGACUGUGAAAAAGCAUAAAGUGAAUGACAGGCA